GUUUCAUUGUGAAUCUUCUCACCAAAGUAUACAUUCCUCGUUUCUUUCGUUUUUGCGAUCCAAGAACAAGAGAAGACUGCGAGCUUGAUUCUCUUGGGCUUCUUUGUUUACCUCGGAGAAGAAGAGAAGAGUAGGAAGGCGAUGGCAACGGUGCCGAAGAGCGUCAGAAAGCAGGCUGAGGUGCUACGCAAGGCCGGCAACGCUGCCUUCAAAAAGGAGCGAUUUGGUGCGGCUAUUGAUGCCUAUACUGAGGCGAUUGUGCUUUGUCCAGAUGUAUCAGUUUAUUGGACAAAUCGGGCUCUGUGUCGCAUGAAGAGGAAUGAUUGGACUGGAGUUGAAGAAGACUGCACACGAGCUUUGGAACUUGAUAGUAGCUCUGUUAAGGCUCACUAUAUGCUGGGGCGUGCACUGUUGAUUAAGCAAGACACAGUCAGAGGGAUCAAGGAAUUGGAGAAGGCUUUGGAUCUUGGGAGGGGUGCAGAUCCUUCGGGAUAUAUGAUUGACGAGAUUUGGCCGGUUCUUGCUGAUGCCAAGUACAAGGAGUGGGAAGAGUUGUCUGAUCGACGAGCAUGGAAGCUACAGUGUUUGAAGGAAUUGUGUAAUGAAGCGCUGAUAGAGCAUGAUUUUCUUGAAACCUCUCGUACUUUGGAUGAAUCUGGAAAUGCUGCUGCUCGUGACCGCCUCUCUGAACAAUUAGAAUUAUUAGGCAGAGUUUUUAGUAAAGCAGCUGAAGCAGAUAAGCUGACUGAAAUACCCGACUACCUUUGUUGCAAAAUUACACUUGAUAUCUUCCGGGAUCCUGUGAUCACUCCAAGUGGUGUCACUUAUGAGAGGGCUGUUAUUCUAGAGCAUCUUCGGAAGGUGGGGAACUUCGAUCCUCUCACACGGGAACCACUUGAACGACACCAGUUAGCUCCUAAUCUUGCCAUCAAGCAAGCCGUCCAAUCAUUCCUCAGCGAACAUGGCUGGGCUUACAAGACUAACUAAAUCCAACGCUAUUAUUAAAUAAAGGGCUUCCAAGACAAGUUUUUCUUUUGUGUGCUGUUGUUGCAUCAAAAGCUGAUCACAUUGUGUGUGGAGUGCCUAUGUACAGAGAGUCAGGUUCAACUUAUUGUUUAGUGAAUCGAGCUAAUAUAUUUUCAUGUUUGUUGUAUAGACAAUUGGCUUCGACUAUGGUGUUUGUAUCGAAAUGGAAGUUCAGAAUGUGAAUGAAACUUCAUUUUAAUUC